AUGAAACUCAAUGCUAUAAGAGAGAGUGAGAUUGAGGGUUACUACCUUGCAACCAAAUACCACAGCACUAAAAAUACACAUCAGCAGGUUCAAGUAGGAGGUAUACUCACUGUCAGGGAUGUGAAUAGAAAGAUCAUGCAAUGUAAAGAGGAGGAAGCAGAAAAAGAACAUUUUAAGAGAGUCAAACAUGUUGAGAGAGCUUUGAAGAAAAAUGCAACAGAUCCAACUCAACAAGAGGUCGUGGACGGCAAUAUCAUGACUAACGGCUACCUAACUUACCACCGAGCAACCACCCAGAUGUUCCCGAUACCUCCCACAACAUCCAUGUCAGCUCCGCAAAUCCCCAACCUUAACACUCUUCGACGGGGAGCCGGGAGAGGUCGUUUUAGGGGACGUGGGACCCACGAAGCUUCCUCUGGACACUCCGACGGCACGGCAGCAAAGGAUAGGAUCGUUCAGCAGACUGACAACGAUGCCAAUUUGUCAAGGCUCAGCGCGGUCGAGCUAGGGUAUCUCCAUGACGCGUUUGCUCUGGCGUUUACAAACGCCGGAGGAACGGGUUCGAAGAGGUAUCCGAUAAUUAACAGAGGAACCUACGUACGGACUAUUGCCAUUGAUUGCCUAGUUAAUAGCUUUUUAGACACAAAGGGGAAACCCAAUGGAAAGAGGCAAAUAAUAUCACUCGGCGCAGGCUCAGAUACGCGAGUAUUUCGCCUUCUCUCUCAAAACCGCUCGCUAGACCUCAUAUACCAUGAGCUAGACUUCUCAGCCAACACCACAGCCAAAAUAAAAGCUAUCCGCUCUUCUCCACUCCUGCACAAUGCUCUUCAGAUUUACGGGCCAGAGGAUGUGAACAUAUCUGCUGAUGGUGACGCUUUGCAUUCGAAAUACCUUCACAUCCAUCCCAUCGACCUUCGGACUCUAUCCGCGUCCACCUCACCUACGAUACUGCAAGGCGUGGACAGAACACGCGCGACACUUCUCAUAUCAGAGUGUUGUUUGAUCUAUCUUUCACCCACCGACGCAGAUAAUGUCCUCUCGUAUUUUACUCAGACUCUCUUUCCGCCUUCCGCGUCCUCAUCUACCACUCUGUCCAAGUCCACACUAACUCCCGCAUCAACAUCCACAUCUGCACUUUCGCCUGCACCCCUAAGUCUCAUUCUUUAUGAGCCAAUUCGACCCGAUGAUCCCUUUGGGAGGACCAUGGUCUCUAAUCUCGCGACGAGAGGUAUCCGUAUGCAAACACUGCAUCGCUACGCGUCUCUGUCAGCUGAACGUGACAGAUUGCGCGACCAUGGAUUUGUUAGCGGUCAGGGAGCAGCGGAUGUGGAUUUCAUAUGGGAGCGAUGGAUCGGGCAGGAUGAGAAAGAGAGGGUAGCUGGAUUGGAGAUGCUGGACGAGAUUGAAGAGUGGAAGUUGCUAGCGAGUCAUUACUGUGUGGCAUGGGGUUGGAGAGACCAAGGCGAAGAUGGCCGGGAGGGGGAAAGGGUGUUUGAGGGAUGGAAGAGUUUGGAGGCACAGUAG